GAUUUCUUUAUUUCUGUGGCACAAACUAAUGUCUCAAUAGGCCCACUUUUUCUCUGGGCCAUCGAGGUGGGCGAGGGAAAAGUGGAUGAGGUGAAAGGGAGCCGAACCAGUGGAACCGCGUUGACGAUCGAUGCGAUAAUUUCACUCGAACCGGUGGGUUUAGUCGACGGCGCCGACUUAUGCCGCUUGCGGUGUUCUCUUUUCAUUCGUUCCACCGUCGACCGCCUCGACAUGCCCGUGGCCCGAGAGCCCCAACAUCCUAACCCCGAAUGGCGACUGCUUCAGGAGGUGAUGGACCUGCGAACCAACCUGGCUAAUGUACGCAAAACCUUCAGAGACACGACACUCGCCAAGUAUGUGAUGAAUCAGGAGAUCGAGAGACUGGCAGACGUGCCAUCUCUGGUGACGGUGCACAAUCUGCGAGCACACAACUCCCGCAUCCACGAUGUCAUCUGGUCGCCCGAGGACAACUAUCUCAUCUCCGUGGGCGCCGACAACUGUAUCAUCAUCUGGGACACUAUGAAAGGCCUCAUCCACAACACGGUCGACGCCACCGGUUUCCAGCCUCUCACGGCCGCCAUAGUCGCCGACAUGGACCUGUUGUUUGCGGGUGGACUCAGUUCAACCGUCGUCUGCCUGACGCACAGACACCGACUGCCUGACGACGGCUAUUCAGAGUACACGACCAAUGUGGUCUACGAGCACUCGGGCAAGAUCAGUUUCAUCUACUGCAUCGGCCGGACGCACAUACUCACCGGAGCCGACACAGACGGUGCAAUCGUGUGGGACGUGGAAAAGGUGAAACAGUUGCAGCAUUUUCCGCAUCCACGGACCGACAUUCAAUGUGUGGAAAGCCUACGUGAGGAUGCGGCCACCUUUUUGACGGGGAGCAGUGACAGUUUGAUUCGUCAAUUCGACCGUCGUCAGGCCAACUCGCUUGUUGGCAUCUUCUCGGGCCACGAGUCGGACGUGACCUGCAUACGUGCUCUGCCGGCGGGCAACUGUUUCGUCUCUGGCAGUGAGGACACCUUCGUCAAUCUCUACGACCUCCGACUCGACAGUCCUCUCUGUCGGUACAGCAAGCCCUACCGUCUGGCCGAUAUGAAUCGGGCCAAUCUGACCUACCGAACGACCGAGGCCGAGUCGGCCGGCGCAGGUGAGGCGAAGACGGCAACUCGAAUGAGCAUGGCCAGUGGCGUCAGCCUCAACGAGGAGACGGUCGGAAGUGAGGAGAAGGUGAAAUUCUCCACUCUACCUGGCGUCUGUGAUUUGGCCGUCUCCUCGAGCGGUCGCCUCGUCAUCAGCGGUUGCAAAGACUCGGUUAUCUACUUUUGGGACCUACUCGACCCGAACGCUUGUCUCGCCCAUCAGGUGGAACAGGGUCCGGUUGUCAAGGUGACCAUGUCAAAUCGAAAGACGGGGCUUGCUCUGCUCACUUGGGACCAAAAGACCAGGCUACGCAUUGUUCGGCCUCAAUAG